GUCAGCGCCAGAAGAAUAGGAUCCUGGUGCUUACUCCGUCAAAGACUGGCUGGAGAUACGGAGCCGGGGAUGAUCAGGAGCCUGAAUAAAACAGUGUCUGUGACCUUGGGAAACCCGGUGAGCGUUAGCUAGAGCUGCAGUUCGACGCGUAGGUUUCCCUUUAAUCCUUCCGGCUUCCCCAAGGCCCGCAAACUGAGGUUCCGCUCCGGCAGGCUGGUCCGGGAUGUGUCUCGGCGCUCCGCCGGAGGUGGCGGCAUUCACAAAAUCUUUGUGAGGAAAGACAAGCAAGUCCAGUAACUCCAUUUUACAGAGCGGGACCAGAUUUUCAGAAAGGGUUGCCUUCAGCUGGCCAGAUGUGGACAUUACAGACUGGUGAUUUUGGAUGCCUGAGGCAGGAAUCCUGGCAUGAGAAUUGGACAUGAUCACUCAGUUGGAGGGAGAACAACUAUGGAUGCUGGAUCUUCAAGGAACUGAAGAGGGGAGUGCCCCAAAAUGCCUUUCUAGAUAGGGAGAUUUGAACAGAAACCAAAGCAUCAACACCAAUCAGCCUAUUUCCGAAGAACUAGAAUUUUCAGGGUCAGCAAUGGAAAGUCUCAGAGAGAAUACUGCCCAGGGUCCUACGAAUGAAGAAGUCUAUAAAACAAAGUGCCGAUUAUCAAGGCACACAAAAAAUUCUGCACAGAAGAAAUCCUCGUUUGAGAAAACAGCUAUCAGAAAAGUGUCAGUGACUCUCAAGAAAGUUUCCACUGGGGAGGGACAUUCUGAAUCCAGGGAAUUUAGUCUGAGCUCAAACCUUGAUAUACAACAGAAAAUUCCAAAGGGAGAUAGAUCUCACACAUUUAGGAAAAACUCCAAAGAUAAUUCAGACUUAAUUAAACACCAGAAACUCUUCCCACAAAAGAAAUCUUGUAAAUGUAAUGAAUGUGGGAAAGCCUUUAGUUAUCAGUCAGACCUUAUUGUACACAGUAGAAUUCAUGGUGGAGAAAAGCCUUUUGAAUGUAAUGAUUGUGGGAAAACUUUUAGCCGAAGUACACACUAUAUUGAACAUCAAAGAACCCACACUGGAGAGAAACCUUAUGAAUGCAGUGAAUGUGGAAAAGCUUUUGGCCGUAGUACACAUCUUAGUCUACAUCAGAGAAUCCAUACUGGAGAAAAACCAUAUGAAUGUAGUGAAUGUGGAAAAGCCUUUAGCCGAAGCACUAACCUUAGCCAACAUCAGCGAACUCAUACUCAAGAAAAACCUUACAAAUGUAAUGAGUGUGGGAAAGCCUUCAGUGACCGUUCAUCCAUAAUUCAGCAUCAAAGAAUACACACUGGAGAGAAUCCCUAUGAAUGCAGUGAAUGUGGAAAAGCUUUCAGUUGGAUCUCAUCUCUUGUAGAACAUCAGAGAACACAUACUGGGGAGAACCCAUAUAUGUGCAGUGACUGUGGGAAAGUGUUCAGUCGAAGCUCAUCCCUUAUUGAACAUCAGAGAAUCCACACUGGAGAAAAGCCCCAUGAGUGCACAGUGUGUGGAAAGGGUUUCACUCGGACCUCAUCCCUUAUUAUUCACCAGAGAACUCAUACCGGAGAGAAGCCUUACAAAUGUAAUAACUGUGGGAAAGCCUUCAGUCAGAGUUCAACUCUCAUCAGACACCAGCAACUUCACACUAAAGAGUAAUACUCAAGCUUUUAAAAAUUAAUCUUAGCACAAGAGCACAUAUGCAUAAGCUACUACAGCUCAAAUGAAAAAUAUAUACAUUUGAAUUUUCUUGCUAGCUAUAAGCCAGUUUCAAACUUUUCUUCCUUUCCUCCCUUCCUCCCAUCUCUCCCUCCCUCCUAUCCUUCCCUGCCUCCCAUCUCUCCCUCCCUCUCUCCCUCCUUUCUUCCUUCCACUAAAUACUCAAAUGAGUGACCAGUGCAUCAGGACACAAUUUUUAAAACCUAGCAUAUUCAAUCUAAGAUUCUGGAGGGCUCCAACCUUAAGAGUAUAUAGCUACCUGGAAGGAACCUUGUAGUUCCUAUCUUGUCUCUUACAUGGGGUUCCCUAUAUAACCUCUUUUACCCAACCAUCUCAGCCCCUUCACUUAAAGAGGAAAUAUUAUGUGUGUGUGUGUGCUACUGGCCCCAGUAGCAGAAGAGAGGGAGCUAGCUUCAGAGCAGGACUAAAAAUUUCCCACCAGUUUGGGGAUGGUAGUGUUGAGGCAAGGUCAGUCUCUGGACUUGUAAGGACAGAUUUUUCUCUUCCCUCCCUAACUUUUUUUGCUGUAACAUAUUUUCUUCAAAACAUAACUCACAGUCCUUCUAAUAUGCCUAACUAAUCCUUGUAUUAGUUUAUCACAUCUUUACCAAGAGUGUCCUAAAAAUGUUAGAGAUGUUUAAUUCCUCCAUUAUCUUGAAAAAAAAAUUGCUUCCAAUUACUGCCCUAUUUUAUUAACCUUUCUUUUGUUUACAGACUUAAUGAAACUUAUACCCUCUUGCUUUGACUGUCAUCAGCCUUGUAAAGGUGAUCUCUCAAGGACAAACCUAGUAUCUCAGUUGUCUUUCUGCUUGACAUCUGCAGAUUUGGCACCGUUGGCCACUCAUGCCUUAAAACUUGCGCUUCUUCUGGAAUCCAUGAUUCUGUGCUAAUUCAUACUUUUCUGAAUAACAAUGAUCAGCUCUGUGAUUUUUGGACAAGAGUUGGGCCAGAAUAAUAUCAUUUUAUCAGGUAUAAUAUUUGCGGUUAUUCAACUAAACUGUAAGCUACUGUAAGGCAGAAAUCUUGUUGUAGAGUCGUAAAAAACAUCACAGAGUGCCGAGUAGACCCUAAAUGCCCUAUUCUUAGUGUUUCUUCAUUCCUCUUUUAUCCCCUGCUAGCCUUUGUUUGAAAUGUCCUAAAAAUUGAUUCCUUUCUCUCCGUUCCUACUGCCACUGCCAAGUCCUCAGUAUUUGGUCCUAGAUUACUACAGUAAAUGCAUCAUUGCUAUCUUCAUCUCCCAUCUUUUAUCUAGUUGCCUGACUAAACUACCACUUUGUUAAAAAAUAGUCCAUAGUUGCCCAGUAUGCUGUAGAAAAAGUUCAAACCUCUUUGAAUCAAGGCCUUCUACUGUGGGAUCUAUUUACCUUUAUUUUUCAUCACUUUGCUCGUCCCUAUUGCACUUGUCUCACAUUUGGCCUCUUUUGAAACUGUUCCAUCACACCCAUUUACUGUCCUACUUGCUCCUUUGUACCUCCAGAAAUCCUAGUCACCCCCCCCCCCCGCCUUUUUUAAAGCCCUACUCAAGUCUUGCCUCUUCUGUGAUACUUUCAGUUCCUCACCUUAGAAACCCUUUGUAGUGAUGGUUUGCAUUAUUCUCCUUCAUUAGACAUUUUCUUAUUCUGUUCUCUGGUUCUUUCACAGGCAUUUUUUUUUUUUCCAUAAGCUAUUUUGAAGUUAGAAAUUGUUGUAAAUCUCUUGUAAGCCUCAUAUAUAGUAUAAUGCAGACAUGGAUUCUGGUUUCAAUCUCAACCGGGAGGUUUUAAUUUGUGCAAUCUCUUCUGUCUUUUGAAUGGAGAAAUAACCUCAUAAAUAUUUUUAGUCCUUUUGUCCUCCUUGAAUUAUGUAUAUUACUAACUUGGGACUGACUUUCCUUUAGAAUUCCUGGGAUGCUGGCUGCUUGGCUUUCCACUUCAUAAGAUUGUUAUAAGGAUUAAGUGAGUUUAUUUAUGUAAA